UUUUACAACUUUAAGCUCAAAGUGUGUCCUUUAAUGACCUCACAUCCUGUUUUCCCCACUUCCUUCUGAAUGGACCGGUUUGGGACGGUCCAUCGGCGGCGCAGCGUGGAUCUCUGUUGUUAAGGCGCACAUGUGUCACACCGCUGCACGUCUGAGGAAAGUUUGAACGCACGACGGUUUCUCAGUAUGCGACGUGGGAUGCUUUGAGGCAGAAGAGAAGACGCAUCGUUGUUGCACCCCUGACAGAAUGGAGACGAGAGAGACGAAGAUUAUAAACCAGGGCCUUGAGGAUGAGAUGGAGGUGUGGGGGUACCAGCCCUGUCUCUGGAAGAUGGUCCUUGUGGGCGUGGGCGCCGUGUGCUCGGGGGGUCUCCUGCUGCUGCUGCUCUACUGGCUGCCUGAGUGGGGCGUCAAGGGAACGUGCACAUACACGUCGCUGAGGGACGCACGAACACUGCUGCUCAGGACCACGGAUGAGUUCAAACAGUGGUUUAGGGUCAGCGUUCACGUGAUGGUGGCCCCCGGGAGGAAACCCUUCGACAGCCUGGAUCUGCUGUCCACAUCUCUGCUACCAAAUAGAGACAACAGCAUCAACUCUGUGCACGAGGAGCAUCAUGGGAAAUGUUCUCAGACACAGACUGCUCAGACCCACUACUUCACUCACCACAGCACUAAAUACUGCUGGAGCGAUGUGAUGCAGAACUUUGAAGUGUUUCAAGGCUUGGAGGAUUUGAAGGUGAGCUGUGCACACAUCCACUCUGACCACAGCUCUGGACUUUCUAAAACACUGCAGGAGUACAGGAUGUUGUUUUUCGGCGAGAAUGAGAUUGCUGUGAGAGUGCCCUCUGUGUUUAAGCUGCUCAUAAAAGAGGUCUUGAAUCCUUUCUACAUCUUCCAGCUCUUCAGUGUCGUUCUGUGGAGUUUUGAGGACUACUACUAUUAUGCUACCGCCAUAGUUUUUAUGUCUUCCAUCUCAAUAGCUACCUCACUGUAUACUAUUAAAAAGCAAUAUGUGAUGCUGCGUGACAUGGUGGCAGCACACAGUGUGGUCCGUGUGUCUGUGUGCAGAGGAAAUCAAGAUAUUGAACAGGCCUUGUCCACAGAGCUUGUGCCAGGUGAUGUCAUCAUCAUUCCAGCCAAUGGGAUGAUCAUGCCCUGCGAUGCUGUGCUCAUCCAUGGAACCUGCAUCGUAAACGAGAGCAUGCUGACAGGAGAGAGUGUGCCGGUUACUAAGACCAGUCUGCCCAGUGUAGGCGAGGAGGCAUCUGAUAGCUACAAUAUAGAGGAACACAAGAGACACACCCUGUUCUGUGGUACUCGAGUUAUCCAGACCCGCUUCUACGCAGGUGAACUUGUGAAGGCUGUGGUGGUGAGAACAGGCUUCAGCACAGAGAAAGGUCAGCUGGUGCGCUCCAUCCUCUACCCUAAACCCACAGACUUCAAACUCUACCGCGAUGCAUACCUGUUCCUGCUGUGUCUGGUGGGAGUGGCGGGGAUCGGCUUCAUCUACACCAUCGUACUCAGUAUCAUGCACAAGGUUCCAGCUAAAACCAUCAUCAUUGAAUCUCUGGACAUUAUCACCAUCACCGUGCCCCCCGCCUUACCAGCAGCCAUGACAGCUGGUAUCGUGUACGCUCAGCGGCGCCUGAAGCACAUCGGCAUCUUUUGCAUCAGUCCUCAGAGGAUCAACAUAUGCGGUCAACUCAACCUGGUUUGUUUCGACAAGACUGGUACUCUGACUGAGGAUGGUUUGGACCUGUGGGGCAUUCAGAGAGCUGAAGGGGACAGCUUCUCUCCUCCAGAGUCUGACGCAGCCAAAGAAAGUCUGGUUAACUCUGCGUUUGUGGCUUGCAUGGCCUCUUGUCACUCACUGACCAACAUUGAGGGCGAGCUCUCUGGAGACCCUCUGGACCUCAAGAUGUUCAGCGCUACAGGCUGGAUCCUAGAAGAGCCCACAGAGGAGGAGACAGCUCUUCACAAUCCCAUCAUGCCCACAGUUGUGCGACCUCCGAAGCACAUCGUCCCUGAAGCCAAUCAGAACAACCCGCUGACCCAGAACAUGCCCUGUGAGAUCGGUAUUGUGCGUCAGUUCCCCUUCUCCUCGGCCCUGCAGAGGAUGAGUGUGGUGGUGCGGAGGUUGGGGGAGAAACACAUGGAUGCUUAUUUGAAAGGAGCACCAGAGGUUGUGGCCGUCCUCUGUAAACAGCAAACAGUCCCAGAGAGUUUCACAGAGACUCUAGAGACCUACACAAGGCAGGGCUUCAGGGUCAUCGCUCUGGCACAUCGACAGCUGGAGUCCAAACUCUCCUGGCACAAAGUCCAGAGCCUCAGCAGGGACCUGAUAGAAACCAACAUGGACUUCCUCGGUUUGAUCAUCAUGCAGAACAAAAUAAAAGUGGAGACUGCCGGAGUUUUACGGGAACUACGAAAAGCUAACAUCCGUACUCUGAUGGUCACAGGUGACAACAUGUUGACAGCGAUAUCUGUGGCUCGGGAUUGUGGGAUGGUUCGCACACAUGAGAAAGUGAUCAUAGCUGACGCUGUUCCUCCAAAAGAGUCUCAACCCGCCAGCAUCACCUGGCACUACACUGAAAACAAUCAAACCAUCAAAGACCACCAGACUAUAGAGAUGAACCUGGAGGAGGAGGAGGAGGGAUAUGACAAACGGGUCACUCAGCUGGAACAUAAAUAUCACUUUGCAGUGAGUGGAAGAGCCUUUGCUGUCAUCAUGGAGCAUUUCCCUCAGCUCGUCCAGAAGCUUGUGCUGAGAGCCACAGUGUUUGCUCGCAUGGCUCCAGACCAGAAGACUCAGCUGGUGGAAGUCCUGCAGAGCAUCGACUACACCGUUGGCAUGUGUGGUGACGGCGCUAAUGACUGUGGAGCUUUAAAGAGAGCUCACAGCGGGAUCUCUCUGUCUGAGCUCGAAGCAUCUGUAGCUUCACCCUUCACCUCCACCACCGCCAACAUUUCCUGUGUCCCCAACCUCAUCAGGGAGGGUCGAGCUGCUCUCAUCACAUCCUUCUGUGUGUUUAAGUUCAUGGCGCUCUACAGCAUCAUUCAGUAUGUCAGCGUGACUCUGCUGUACUCGAUCCUCAGCAACUUGGGAGACUUUCAGUUCCUGUUUAUUGACGUCGCCAUCAUCCUCAUCAUUGCCUUCACCAUGAGUCUGAAUCCAGCCUGGAAGGAGCUGGUGUGCCAUCGCCCCCCGUCCAGUCUGAUCUCUGGCCCGCUGCUCUUCUCUGUCCUGACUCAGAUCCUCACCUCGCUAGUCUUCCAGGUCCUGGUUUUCCUCCUAGUAAGGCAGCAGAACUGGUACGAGACAUGGACGCCUCAGUCAGAUGCCUGUAACGUUUCCAGCUUCGGCGUCUCUCCCGGUGUGAAUGUAACAAACCCCCAUGAUCACAAAAACAUCAGGAACUACGAGAACACCUCCCUCUUCUACGUCUCCUCCUUCCAGUAUAUUUCUGUGGCCAUCAUCUUCUCCAAGGGGAAGCCCUUCAGACAGCCCAGCUACAAGAACUGGCCAUUCAUGCUGUCCUGUAUUGGCCUGUAUACUUUUCUCCUCCUCAUCUUGCUGUAUCCCAUUCCUGCCAUCGACAAAUUCCUGGACAUCGUGUGUGUUCCUCAUGACUGGCGGGUUACUCUGGCCAUCAUUGUGGUUGUGAAUGCAGCCAUGUCUUUCAUGCUGGAGAUUUUGAUCCUUGACAUCAUCUUGUGGAGGCUUGUUUUCAGAGAGAAUCAGGGGGUAAAUCGCCCCUCACAGACCUCCUCUGCUGACACACCUCAGGAGGCCAAUGACCACUGGGGCUCGUCCUUCCUCUCCUGGCUAUUCUGCAGGAGAAAUAAGCCCCCCAGGGUGCGCUACAUGAAUGUGGCCCUGGAGCUGCAGGAUGACACCGACUGGCCCCCCAAACCCUCAACAGUCACCUACGCCAAUGAUACACAAUCCCAGAACUCUGACCCCCUCUGACAACAACAAGUAAACUACUGCACAGGCUCAAUCUAAACCUUCAUCUAAAGUCUUAGCUGCAGUUGAGCUCGGACGUGUGAUCUUCAGAUCUUGGUUAAAACACAGCGAGUCUACUGGAUAAGUCCGGGAUUCCCAUAAAGAGGAGGCCUUUCACUGCAAAAAGACACUGACACUGUGAGCCGCUUAUUCAAGUAGUUUAUUUGAUUUCAUCUCAUCUGAAUUGACAAAUACUCUGGUUUUAAACCUUAAUAUCGGGGUCACAUGGGUGAAGCUCGUAUUUGUCGAGAGUUUGAUGACAUGAUUGAUACUCCUCUCACGUCUGUGCACAAUAUAUGAAGAUAGCAGCAGCUGCAGGCUAGCUUAGCUCAGCACAAAGCCUGAAAUCAAAACAGAGGUAAACUUACUCUGUGCAUCUCACUUAGUUUGAUCCAUACUUGAACAAAGUAUAAAAACUGUUUAAUUUUUGACAUUAUGUGUAGUGGAGUCUCUGCUAGCUUCUUCCCUUGUUGUCAGUCUCUGUGCUAAGCUAAGCUAACUAGCUGCCGACUGUGGCUACAUCUUUAUGAUACAAAUAUGAGAGUGGUUUCAAUCUUCUCAUCAAAUUGCAGCAAUGAAAUAAACAAGCAUAUUUGAAUCAAUUUAUUCCUAACUACCUAAAUUGUUAACACUCUACAACACAGACCAACACUCAACAGUUCUUAAACAUCCACCACCAGGUUACCUUCAACAGCACUGGAUGAUUUUUUUUUACUCUUCACUGUGAAUAAAAAAACAUACAGUACUUCACUAACAUUAGCUGCUUACAUGUGGAAGUUUAAAAAUUUGAGGUGUUAUGGUACAGAGAAACAUUAGAGACUUUUGUCUUUUUGCUGUGUGAUUUCAACAUAACUGGAACUGUGGUAUGUGUGAGAUGGAAAACAUUCCACUGCUGCAUUUCUGUCGUAGAGUUACUACAGUUUAAUUUCUUCCCGUGGAAGAGAGAAAAAUAAAUUUAUGUGUCCCUUAUAUGAGAAAUUUUAUAGCCAGUGCUACUGUGUACGUGUGUGUGAGUGUGAGAAAGUGAGAGUGUGUUAGUUAAAAAAAAAAGAGAAUCAAAAUCAGUCAUUUUCUCGGCCCCUUGAAUGCAUCGUGAAACCUUUUGUUUCUCCAAACAUGUUUUUUUGUGUGAAAUGUUUGAAAGGAAACAUAAACAUGUCUUCUAACAUCACUUAGGUAAUGCACAAGGCUGAAAAUGGUUCAUUCUUAUAUGAAAGCAAAUCAAUUAUUAUGAUCAAUUAUUCACAUGAAUCAAUGAGACACAUGCUACUGUGACAAUUUUAUAACAUUAGAUUUUUAAUGUUUGAUUUUUACAAAGUGUAACUUUUUUUCAGCUGUGGUAUUCUUAUGUUCUAGUUAAUGUUAAACAUGAAAUAAAUGUGAGAAAAUUAGAGAAAUUAUGACUUAUUUCCCCCCCUUUAAAAAAUAAAUAAAAAUAGCAUUUUUUUAAGAGAAUGUGUUUUUUUGGAAAUUGUACUUAUUUUCUUAAUUCUACAAUGUGAUAAAAGUUUUCAGUCUGUCUACAAAUACUCCCGUGUUUGCUCUGCAGAACUCCCAUCACAUUUCCCAAUAAAUCUGUAUAUGAAGCCA